UGCCUUUUUCCAACGCCGGAACCCGAAAGCGGAGGCGAGCCAGCCAGCCGCCCGCCCGCCCGGUCGCGCCCCACUCUUUCUCUCGCUGCCACGCGGGGCCCAGCCGCCGCGCGUGCGCCCCAUCCACCACCGACCCGGCGCCGUCGCCGCCAUCGAGGCGCUUCGUUUCGUUGGGUUUGGUUUCGUUUCCUUUCGUUAGGGCGGCGGCGGCGGGGACGGGGAGGGGAGGGGGCCAUGGCGGACGCGGCGGCGCCGGGGCUGCUGCCGGUGGCGGCGGACAGGGACAGGGAGAGGGACAAGGACAAGGACGACCGCCGCCGCUGGGCAGCCCGCUGCGGCUUCGCCGUCCUGGGCAUCAUGAGCACCCUCCUCGUCUACGGCGUCCUCCAGGAGAAGAUCAUGAGGGUUCCGUAUGGAGUGGAGAAGGAGUUCUUCAGAUACUCGCUUUUCCUUGUCUUCUGUAACCGCAUCACCACAUCCAUGGUGUCUGCGAUGGUGUUACUUGCAAGUAAGAAAUCCUUGGACCCUGUGGCUCCGCUACACAAAUAUGGUAUUGUCUCCAUAUCAAAUAUACUGACCACAACCUGCCAGUAUGAGGCCCUCAAGUAUGUCAGCUUCCCUGUCCAAACGCUUGCUAAAUGUGCCAAGAUGAUACCUGUCAUGAUCUGGGGCACAAUAAUAAUGAGAAAGAAAUAUGGCGGAAAAGAUUACUUCUUUGCUGUCAUCGUGACUCUGGGUUGCGCAUUGUUCAUUCUGUAUCCGGCGUCGAUGGAUGUGAAUCCAUUUAAUAAAGGCAGAGAAAGCACUAUUUGGGGUGUUUCACUCAUGCUCGGUUAUCUUGGUUUCGAUGGGUUCACAAGCACGUUCCAAGAUAAACUCUUCAAAGGGUAUGACAUGGAAAUACACAACCAAAUAUUCUACACGACAGUGUGCUCUUGUCUUCUUAGUUUAAGCGGGCUGAUUCUCCAGAACCAUAUGAUUCCAGCUGUGGAUUUUAUGUUUCGCCACCCAGAUUGCUUCUCUGAUGUUGUAAUCCUGUCCAGUGUUGCAACAGCUAGUCAGUUCUUCAUAUCCUACACCAUUCGAACAUUUGGGGCUCUCACAUUUGCUACCAUAAUGACAACUAGACAGCUGGUGAGUAUAUUGCUUUCCUGCAUCUGGUUUGUACAUCCUCUGAGCUGGAUGCAGUGGGUUGGCGCAGCUAUUGUAUUCGGAGCCCUAUACACAAAGAGCUUCUUGAGGAGUAAACCACAGAAGCCAGCGGUGGCAAGCCCGCCACGUGGCUCUAGCCCGAAUCCUGUUAACAAUAGUUAACAAUUGAUGACAUAAUAGCAUAGGAAACAAUGGAUCUGUUGCGGUACCGGGACGAAGUCUCUGUGUGUGAGAUCAAUUGCACCAUGGCGCAUGGCGAGGUAACUGGACAGAUAUGUAGCUGUGUAACUGUGUUACUGCUCCUGACCUGGAGGUGAUGAAGGUGGUCUUUCUUUUUUCGUUUGGAAGAAGCAAGGUGGUCCUAGUGUUAGUUCAGUAUCUAGAGACCAAAUGUUCAGGCAGCCCAGACUUUAUCAAUUUUGUAGCUCAGGUCGUUGUCCGUUAACCUGUAUCACAACAGUUCCACCAUAGAACAAAGUAUUUUUAGUCCGUAGAAAGAUUUUAUACCAUCAACAUAAGCAUCGUGUAAUUUGUCUGUUUUCAUUUUUAUUAUUUUAUAUAUUAUAAUAUACAAUUUUGUCAAGGAGUCCUACUCCAUUCAUUACC